GAUCGCUGAGUCACUCCUCCAAUCUUGUCUCCCAUUAAGGUCCACCUGGGGACAGGAGAUCCUUUCACACCCGGCUUCCCUUCCUUCAACCACACACAGUUCCCACCCAUCAACUCAUCGGCCCUUCCCGGAAUUGUGGCACAGCCCAUCAGUGCCAACGCUGCCAUUCGACUCAUGAGCAAGUUACAGGGUCCUGCGGCACCCCCACUCUGGAAGGGCAGACUCCCUGGCAUCUCCUACAAGCUGGGCCCUGACCUGGAGAAUCCUGGAGAUCAGCUCCAGCUCAGCAUCACCAGUCGCAUGGUUCCCACGAUGAUCAACAACAUCUUUGGCUCCAUCGAUGGCUUCUCGGAACCUGAUCGCUACAUCAUCUUCGGGGCACAGCGAGAUUCCUGGGGGAAAGGGGCUGCAAAGUCCGGGGUGGGCACUGCCAUUCUCCUCGAAUUGGCCCAGACCUUUUCCCAAAUGGUGGCAAACGGGUUCAGGCCGCGGAGGAGCUUGCUCUUUGCCAGCUGGGACGCAGGAGAAUUCGGCAGCGUCGGCGCCACCGAGUGGCUGGAGGGUUACCUGACUAUGAUGCACCUCAAGGCAGCAGCUUACUUCAGUCUCGAUAAAGCUGUCCUGGGGAAUGGCAGACUACACACUGAGUCUAGUCCGCUCCUCCACAAUCUGAUGAAGGCGACGAUUAAGCAGAUCAGCGACUCUGUGCAAGACAAUUGGCAAUACUACAAACAAAUCGUGAGUCGGCCUGUGGAACUCACCGAAAUCCUACAGCCCCUGACCAUGGACAGCAGCGCCUACCCUUUCACUGCCUUUGCCGGUGUCCCCGCCAUGGAGCUCAGUUUCCGUCAGGUAUGCCAGAGCGGGGACCACCUCCCCCAACACAACAACAACAACACUCUGCAUUUCCAUAGAAACUUUACACAGCACCAAUGUAUCAGCACGAGCUUGCAGGGUGUGGUCUGACACAGGGGGGACCCC